AUGUUCAUAAAACUCUUAGCCAUUUCUGUCCUUCUUACUAUUAUUUCUGUCCAAUCUGCAGUAUUAAACAAUUCACAAAGUCAAUCUCCUCCUAUUGUUAUCGUUCCAAAACAAGCUUCAUCGUUUGAUCAUUAUGAUUUAAAUGAUUUAACAACAGCUGCUGAAGGUAGUGGUGAUGGUGCUGCUAAUUUAGAUGAUUAUGUUGAUGAAGAUGAUGAUAAUCAAUUAUCAAAAGUGACUGCAACAACUAUAAGUAGUACGUCAACGACAACAACUACUAAACGUUCAACAACAAAAAUUCAAAAUAGCACAAAAGUUCUUGAUUUAGAUGCUAAUGAAUUCGAUGAAGAUUAUAAAGAUGAUCUUGACGAUAAUGUUGAUUAUAAUGAAGUAACAACAAAAAAUACUGGUACUCCAUUAUCAUCAACUCGUGCAUUACCACCACCAGUUGAACGUCGUCCUACAUCACUUCGUGAACUUUUCAGUUUUCUUACACGACCAGCAAUUGCUGCUGGUAUUCUUGCUGGUUUAGCUAUUGGAAUUUUAACAUCAGUUAUUCUUCUCAUUUGUCUUGUUCAACGUUUUCAAAAACGUCAAAGAUCACAUUCAUCAUAUACAACAGGUCUUCUUUAUCCAAAUCAAUAUGGAUAUUCGAAAUCACCACAAGAAUUUUAUGCUUAA